AUGUUUCCAGACAGUGCAAUUGCUAAAAAAAACUUUGCUUUGUCUGAGAGAAAAUGUUCCUUCUUGGUUUCAUUUGGGCUAGCCCCAUACUUCACUUCAUUACUUGAAACCAAGUUGUUCAAGAGAAAUUUUGUCCUCCUGUUUGAUAAAAGUAUGAACAAAUCCUUUCAGCUAAAACAAAUGGAUUUCCAUCUUUCAAGGGAUGGACCGAAUGAAAACUGGUCAUUUCAUGAGAAAGUUAAUAAGUUGCUUGGUGAAAACUAUGGCACAGAGUUACUGAAUGUUGGCAGCUGUGGGCUACACAAAGUUCAUGGUGCUUGUAAAUCAGUCAUGGUUGCAGCAGGCUGGGGAUUGGAGAAAGUGCUUAAAUCGAUGUAUAGAUUACUUGAAGACACCCCAGCCAGGCAUGAGGAUUACUUCAGAACAUCUCAAAGUACACAAGCACCUCUAAAGUUUUGUGCCCAUAGAUGGCUUGAAAAUUCUAAAGUGGCACAGAGAGCUUUUGACAUAUUGCCACAUUUAAAGAACCACAAACAGAAUCUGCUGAAACUGUCAGAACAGCAGCCAACAAUGACAUAUUUUUAUCUUCCAGGCUGGCAUUUUUUUGUUUCUUUAAAUAAGCAGCUGGAGCCUUUCCUUCGGAAGUAUCAGACUGACAAUCUAUUGCUUCCUUUCCUGUCUACAUAUUUACACAACAUUAACAUUGCUAUUUUAAGGCAAUUUGUAAAGAAGGAAAGGAUUGCAAGUCUUUCAAGAACUAGGGAUAUUUUGAAUUUCAGUGUGAAUGGCCCCCAGAAUCAUGUCACUGGUCAUACAGUAGAUAUUGGUUUUGUGGCUGAUUCAGUCUUUAAGGAUUUGAAGAGAGAGAGAGAAAAUUAA